GCAGAAGGAGAGUGAUGCUCCCCGGGAGGCCUCCUUGCUGGACGCCGCCCUCUGUUCUGGGCUGGAGACACAGAGAGCAGACUUCUCGUUUCUCUCACGAGUGUUAGGGGACAACGCGGUGAUCCGGACCCGUCUUCAGCGUGCACAGGGAACGCUGCUGCGGAACCUUUCUUCUCUUUCCCUUGCGCUUCCACUCGGUCCUCUUAGGAAACGGACACGGUAGAAGACACUUUAAAAAUGGAGCCCGAAGGUUCAGAACCUGGCGAGCCUUCUCCACUAGAGGCUGCAGGGUCCCCGGACGAUCGGCUCUUCCUGAUUAAAGGUGGAAUAUUCCUUGGUUCUGCAGCAGCAGCGGGAAUGCUGGCCGGAUUUGUUACAACAUUAUCAUUAGCUAAAAAGAAAAGCCCUGAGUGGUUCAAUAAGGGCACUAUGGCCACGGCUGCCUUACCAGAGAGUGGGUCGUCCCUUGCUCUGCGAGCCCUGGGCUGGGGAUCUCUUUAUGCCUGGUGUGGGGUCGGCGUGAUCAGCUUUGCAGUCUGGAAAGCUUUAGGGGUUCACAGUAUGAAGGACUUUCGAAGUAAGAUGCAAUCCAUAUUUCCAACGAUUCCCAAGAACUCCGAGUCAGCUGUUAAGUGGGAGGAAGUACUGGAGUCUAAGUGAGAUGGGUGUGGACGGCUCCCUGAAUUGCGGCAGGCGCGGCAGCUUUGGAAACGCCCCAUCGGAACAGGACUGGGUGACUUCUCUCCAGGAACACGUGCACAUGGCCGGCGAACCCACGGGCCACAGCCAUAGUGCAGGGAAGGAAUGUUUUCCUAAAGCUAAGACAACUAUUUAAUUACGUUCCCCUUGAGGAGGGGUCCCAGAGGAAAUAUUUCUGUUUAGAACAAUAAACCAUGUUUCAUAUUUGCAAAACCA